AUGGUGUUGAAUGAAGAAGCAUGUUUGGCAGAGAAUGCUGAGUGUGGUCAAGUGACCAUUGUUGAAGAUAUCAGUACAACUGCAAGGAAGCCAGAUUACCCCCCCCCCAUCUCUCCUUUUACUCAGCUUCAUUGCAUCAUGUCCAAAGCACCCCUCUUGCUGCUGUGUGUUGCCCUGGUGCUAACUGGGCAUGUGCAUGGAGCCACACUGAGAAAUGAAGACAAGUGGAAGCCACUCAGCAACCCUAGAAAUCGUGAUCUGUUUUUCAGAAGCCUUCAGGCAUAUUUUAAGGGCAGAGGUCUUGAUCUUGGGAGGUUUCCAAAUACUUUCUCCAUGAACGAGAAUCCCAGACCUCUCUCUUUCCAGCCAGAACUGAUAGCUGCUGCGUUUGCAGACUAUGAAGAACAGAAAAAUUCCUUUCCCAAUUACCUCAAAGGCUGA